AUGAUCCUCCCGAUCAGCGACGAAACCCUCUGCCAAUCCGACUUGGACCUCAGCAUGGUGCUCAUGAGGUUCUCCGGCAGGAGCUGGUCGACGUCCAGAUCUAAAACUAACCAAACUCCAAUAAUUUCAAUGGAGGAUGAUGAAAUUUCUGAUCAAGAAUCUAGCCAUUUAGAAGAACAUGGCCCAUUUAAAAGUUUUACUAAAUUAGUAGAAAAUAAUGCACAUAUAGCAGUGUUUUUAAACUAUGUGUUAUCAAAUAGUGAUCCCUCAGCUUUAUUAUUCUAUUUAGUUACUAAUUUAUUUAAAGAAGGCAAUGCCAAAGAAAUGAAAAAAUGGGCAUAUGAAAUCCAUUCCAGUUUUCUAGUGCCUUGUGCUCCAUUGAGACUGACUAAUAUUGAAGAGAAUCUUGUUGGUGAAAUUGAUGACAUUUUACAAAAAUAUUCGGAUCGUGAAGAAAUUUUACGUAAAGUGUUUUGGAAAGCUCGAACCAAAGCAAAAGAAGAGUUAAAUGAACAGCUGAGUGAUUUUCGUCAUAGACGAACGGCUGGUUUGGGCACACUGUUUGGCCCUCCUGAUUUCCAACUUGAUGAUAGUAUCAAUGAUAAAGUAAAAGAAUUAGAAAUAAUUGAAAUGAUUCUUGUUCCUAAUAUGGAACCAUUUAUAGAGGAUAUGGACAAAGAAAUUGUAGAUGAUAGAAGAUUUACAAUUGCAGCUGCACUGGCUACAGUUAUGAGUAAAAUAUUUGGGCUUCGGGGAACUCAAUUUAAUUCUCUUUUAGAUCGUUGUCCUACAUUUGUUUCGAAAGAAAAAUCUCUGAAAGCUAAACUUAUUGGAAAAUGUCGAAAAUUUACUAACAAAGGGCAUCAUUUUGUCGCUCAUCAGUAG